UGUCUUAACACCAGAUAGGUAAGGUAGAGUAGCCUUUUUAACGCCCUUCUCCCUAACAAACUCCCAUUAAUUUAAUUAUUAUUAUUAUUAUUAAGUUGUCUACCUCUCUUUUUUGUUAUUUAUUUGGCCAAUUAUAAAUCUUAAACACUCUAGCUGUGAUCCCCUCUCCUCAAGCACAGUUUCCUCUCACUAGGAAUCUCCUUGAGGGAUAGUAGCCCUCUUCCUCAGAUCCUCCUUCUUGAACAGGAGUUUCGCUCACUACAAGUCUAGGGGCCUACUUUCUCUCUCAUCAAAGUUUACAAGACCUUUUGAAAGUGGGUUUCUCUCUCUAGAAUUGGUUUUGAUCACCUGCCCACUUUACAAAUCUGGUCAUUUGGGUUAAUGUUAUGUGAAGGAAUUUUCUACAGAGAGAGAGAGAGGGAAAAGAAUGAUCGAUACUUGUGAACAAGAAAGCUCAGCCCCUGUUGAAACCAAUUAUUGGAAGAUGAAAGAGAAUUUGAAGAGUUGUGAAAAUUGCCGGACCACUAAAACACCUCUAUGGAGGAGAGGCCCUGCUGGUCCUAAAUCUCUGUGUAAUGCGUGUGGGAUCAAGUACAGGAAGAUGAGGAGGACCAUUCUUGGGCUUGGUGGUGAAGAGAGGGAAAAUAUGAAGAAGAGGAAGAGAUAUGGGGUCGAAGGUGAAGAGAGAGAAAGCAUUAAGAGGAGGAGUGAAGAGAGAGAAAGCAUUAAGAGAAGGAAGAGAUAUGGGGUUUCUUUGAAGCUGAGAUUAAUGCCACUGGGAGGGGAGGUAUUGUUUCAUAAGCAGGGGAAACCGGUGAAAGAAGUAGAACAAGCUGCAGUCCUUUUAAUGGCCCUUUCAUGUGGCACUGUUUACUCUUAGCUAUUCUCUCUCUUCAUGCCACUUCGAUAUGCUUGUAUUACUAUUGCUUACCCCACACACACUCUCUCUCUCUCUCUUAAGUGGGCCUUUUUUUGCCUCUGCAUUGGUUUAUGAAUUAUGUUUUCUUCUCAAUUCCAAUUUCCGAAAUCCAAAAUUUCACUGAAUUUUUUUAUGAAAUUCAAUACAACCAUUUUUAUUGUU